CAUCUGUGGUUCAGUGCAGGUGAAGGGUUAACAUGACCUGGACCAACGGCACCAGAAGGGGGUCUGGUGGUCCUGAUAUCGGCGGCAGUUAUCUGCCUUUUUGUCACUUAUAGUCAGGACGGCCAGGUGAACGUGCAGUCUAACGUUUGAAAAUGUGAGCUUGUGGCUGCUCGAACCGAUGGUGCAAGAGGACGCACCAGACGCAGUGACCGGGGUGGAGGUAAAACCGAGUGCAAUUCCCGGAAAGGAAGCAACAGAUGCAACGGCCGAGAAGAACUCAGAAAAAAAUGCUCAGGCAGAAAAAAAGAUGAAAGAAGAAGCACCACUUACUGAGCCUACACGGGCCGACCCCGUGACGCGAGUGAGGGCGCGGGAGAAGAGCGGAGUCGAGGGCGCCUCCUCCUUCGGGUACGCGACCCUUGCUGCAGGGGAGAGGUUCGAGUCCCUGAACGCCUGGCGGAAGGCGCAUUUGCUGGACAGAUGCCACGCCUUGGAGCAGGCCCAGAGGAUGCCCCUCGCGAGAGGGAACAGGAUUAUGAAAAUAAAACCGGUCCUACAGGUUUGCGUGUCGCCGAAGAGCGGCUCGUCGUCGUGGCGGAAGCUCAAGAAGAAGCUGCGGGCGAGGAGGUCGGUGUCGCGAGGCCCCCUGACUGCCCUGAGCGUCAGGCAUCCGCUGGCUCGUCUCAAGUCGGCCUACAGAGACAAGUUUCUCGACGGCAACCCCAUCUCCAAAUACGGCUCAACCUGGAAAGCGAAAACGCAGAGCAACCAGAGCUGGAAGUACCGCUGGGAGGCUUACUGGCUGCCUGCGCUUAUCUCCCGGGGCGACGUCCAGCCCUCACCGUGGCUCAGGGACCGCCUCAAGAAUAUGCUGACCGUCUCCACCCCUUGCGCGCGGAUGCUGUUCUCAAUCCACAGCCUUGCCAACAGAAUGGGCCUGGAGUACCGAUCUGAAAUGGCCACCUACGUUAAGCGCUUCAUGAAAGCCUCCUUCAGCUUCGAGGACUUCCUGCGUCACAUUUUGUGGUGUCGAGACCACGGGAUCCUGGAUUACCACUGGGCGCCCCAGUCCUGUCUGUGUAAUGUAUGCACGAAAAAGUAUGAUUUUAUCUUGCACACGGAGAGCGUCACGCAGGAGUCGAAAUAUGUACUUGCCGCCGCGGGAAUUAAACCAACUAUAUAUAUUAACACUCAGCAUAGUACCAAAUCCGUCACCAAGAAUGCUGGAGCCUCCUAUUUUGACAGAGUUCACAAUGAUACCUUGUGGGAAAUACUUCAGCUUUACAGGAAUGACUUUGACCUUUUUGGCUAUGAGCUCUGAUUCCUGUAUGUUUUUUUGUAAGUUAAUAUAUUAAAGGCUUUGUACUUUUAA